UCAAAGCGAUCAGUUUUAGCACGUGCGUCUAUCGAUACGUAGUUGUUGUUACUGAAAUAUCGCUUAUUUUUAUACACAAAUCUGUAUAAUUUAUAUAAAAAUCAGUCGGUUUUAGCCAGUUGGAGGUGGCAGUGAAGUUUGUAGUGGUAAAAAGUUUUUGUGUCAGUGUUAUAAGUUGACUACUUCAUCAAUCAAGGUUAGCAAUAGGAAAACGAUCAAUAUGCCCUGGAAAAGACCAGACAGCGUCCCCAAAGGGCAAGUUUGGAGCACCUUCAAAGGUCGGGAUAGGGAUGGAAAACCUGGUCUAUCGUUCCAAAUCCGCGACAUGGAAGACGAGUACAAGGAGCAAUGCCUGGAUCUGAUGCAGGAGACUUUCUUGAGGGAUGAACCGCUCUGCAGGAUAUUGGACAUCAACUCGGACUCAACAUCAAUAAAAACAAUCCGGGACAACUGGGAGGCGUACCUCUCUCAAGGAGUCAGCCUGGCGUGCUUCACGGAGGAAGACGGGAAGCCUGGCACUCUGGUGGGAUUCAAUAUUGUGCUGGUGAAGAGUAAGGAUGACCCUGAAGAGGAUAUGGAAAACGUAAAAGGCGAGUCCUGGAAGAAACUGCUCAAGACGUUAGUGGCUGCUGAGGACCUGGUAGACGUGUUUGAUCACUACGGCGUGGACAGGUUUCUGACGUCGAGCGGGCUUACGGUUCUGCCGGAGUUUCGAGGGCAGAACAUUGGCGGCAAGAUAUUUGCUGCUAGAGAGCCUCUCUGCAAAGCCCUCGGCAUCAAAGCAACAGCAACUGUCUUCACAGCCAUAACCUCCCAAGUUUUGGCAGCCAAGUGUGGAUAUGAGGUCCUGGCCGAACUGCCCUACUCCGCCAUGAUGAAGCAGGGUAUAGACCUGACCGACUGCGAGUGCAAGACUGCUAAGCUGAUGGGCAGGAAGUUCACGUAGUCUUUAUACGGAUAAAGGAAGAAGCACACUUAUCAACCCGAAAACGGAUCGUACCCGUAUCAGCUCGAGGCGGUCAGCAUUCCUUGUAUGAAACUCCGUACUGCAACGCACGCUUUUCCGCACCGUA